AGCCCCGCCUCAGGGCAGAGGAUGCGCGCGCAGCACCGUCCGUCCCAGCGGAAGUUUCCGCGGGGCAACUGAGGUGAGUCUCCGUCCCCGCGGUGGACCCGAGGUUUGGCGGCGGAUAUUUGGUCUCCACUCCGCUCACCGAGUCCAGAGGACACUGUUAAGAUGGAGUUUCCAGACCAGUGAAUCUGAGUGCCAGACUGUGACCCCAUAAAGCCCCUACUUCUGUUUUCUAGCAUGGUCACCUUCUGUCCAGAUUGUGGCAAGAGUAUCAAAGCAGCAUUCAAGUUCUGUCCCUACUGUGGGAAGUCUCUGCCUGCCGAGGAGCAUGUGGGAUCCCAGACCUUUGUCAGACCACUUUCGUCAUCCUUCCGAGGCUCAAAGAAAGAGAGGGACACCAGUUCUGAAAUCUCUCCCAAGAAAGUGAAGUGGUCCGGCUGUGUCACUUCUCCCUCAUCAUCCCUCUUCUCAAACUAUGACAGUUCUGGGUCUGAAGAUAACCUGAGUCCCCGUGAGAAGCCCAAAGGGUCCUGGAGCAGACCGUCAACGCCUAAAAGCAGCCCGCAGACAACCAAACAAAGCCCGCAGACAACCAAACAAAGCCCGCAGACAACCAAGCACAGCCCUCAGACACUGAAGCGGAGCCGGGUGACCACCUCACUCCAGGCUUUACCCACAGGGACAGUGGUAAUAGACAAGAGUGGGACUCACUGGAAGCUGGGACCCCUCCAGACCAGGGACAGCCAGGGCAUUCUCUAUGAAGCUGAGCCCAUCUCCGCCUGCGUGUCAAGUUCCCAGAAACAGAGAUUCUCACUUAAACUAGACGCCAAGGAUGGGCGCUUGUUCAACGAGCAGAACUUCUUCCAGCGGGCUGCCAAGCCUUUGCAAGUGAACAAAUGGAAGAAGCUGUACUCGGUCCCCCUGCUGGCCAUCCCCACCUGUGUCGGUUUUGGCAUUCACCAGGACAAGUACAGGUUCUUGGUGUUUCCCAUGCUGGGGAGACCCCUUCAGUCAGCCCUGGAUGACAGCCCGAAGCAUGUAAUGUCCACGCGGUCUGUGUUCCAGAUGGCCUGCCGGCUGCUGGAUGCCCUGGAGUUCCUCCAUGAGAAUGAGUAUGUUCAUGGAAAUGUGACAGCUGAGAAUAUCUUUGUGAAUCCAGAGGACCUGAGCCAGGUGAUCCUGGGAGGCUACGGCUUCGCCUUCCGCUAUUCCCCAAGUGGCAAACACGUGGCCUACGUGGAAGGUAGCAGGAGCCCACAUGAGGGAGACCUCGAGUUCAUUAGCAUGGACCUGCACAAAGGAUGUGGGCCCUCCCGCCGCAGUGACCUCCAGGCCCUGGGCUACUGUUUGCUGAAGUGGCUUUACGGGACCCUGCCAUGGACAAACUUCCUUUCCAGCAUUGAGGAUGUCAUGAAGCUGAAACAGAAGUGA